ACAACCAAGAUGGCUGCCCCCGUGUUUGCUAUAUAAUAUUGCAACGAUCUUUAUCAUAUAUUUUAUCAUCCUGCCCAUAUAAUUCCCUUCUGUUAGAUUCAGUUAGUGUGGUUUGGUUUAUUACAUAUCCUCCCACUAAUAAUAUCCACAUAAUCCCACAUAAUCUCCACACUAGCAUGAUAACUAAACCUUUGAACCCGAGUUACGUCUUUACUUGCACUUCCACGCAGAGGCGCCACAGCUCAUGUUAUUAGUAUUACGUCUCACGUUAAACUAGUGCUGCAUAUUUUCCUGCGUUUUGUUUGGUCCAAUCACGGUAAGCGUUAUCGUUAGGGGAUCUUUGGGUAUGUCAUGUUCUUGGGUGUAGGUUCAGGGGGACAAUGGGUAAGGAGACAUUCACACAGAGGGUAACUUUCAUCUACAGUAUGCUUUCAUAGGAGCUUUAUUGUUGACGCUAUUAUAUGCACCCUUGCUCAUUCAUACAUUCAUGGUUUGCUAGGGACUACAAACACUGCCAGUCUUUAUUAAAAACACAAGUGACACAACAGGAUAGGAUAUCGUAUCCCAAAUAACCCCGUGAGUCUAUUUGCAGAACACUAUAUGAAAGAUGUGUAAAAACUAAUAGUUAUUCCACCACGUUGAACUAAAAUUAACUUCAUGCUGCCACCUAUAUCAGCCAUAAUACGUGUGCAACGCCCACCAUCCGCCCAUAUUUUGUUAGUUGAACAAUCCAAGCAAAUCUACUACAGAAUCUAGUCAUAUUGGAUCCAGCAUGCUGGCAAUUACACGUGUGGCCGUGAUCGGGGCGGGAGCAGCCGGCAUAUGUGCGUCGCGAUUCCUAGCUGCCAGACAUGACAUCUUUGACCAUGUCGUCUACGAGUUGUCAGAAAGCAUCGGUGGAACCUGGGUCUACACCGACAGGACGGGGAAAGACGAGCAUGGCUUCAACAUUCACUCAAGCAUGUACAAGUACCUGUGCACCAACUUCCCAAAGGAACUAAUGGGCUAUCCUGAUACAGACUUCAACCCCGACCUGCCAUCCUAUGUGAGUCACUGGGAUGUUAAGGAUUACCUUGACGACUACGCACAAAAGUAUGACGUGCUGGAUCAUGUACAGUUUUCUACUGUCGUCACAAAGGUUGUCCCGGUGGGAAAUACGGCAAAUGCGAAAUGGGAGGUAACAGUGCGCCACCUACAGACGGAUGUGGAGGAGAAACACGUUUACGAUGCCGUGUUCAUCUGCAACGGACACUACUCCGUGCCGCGGAUGCCGGACCUCCCUGGUGCAGACACCUUCACUGGCAAAAUCCUCCACAGUCACUCUUACCGGGAGCCAAGUGUCUUCGAAGGCCAGACGGUGGUGUGCCUUGGUGCUGGUCCUUCCGGGACCGACAUCGGACUAGAGGUCGCCACUGUAGCGAGUCACGUUGUGCUCAGUCACAACAAUACACCAUUUGUCUGUCCAUUGCCUGACAACCUCGAGCAGUUGCCUGGGAUUGAGCAGCUAGAGGGCGACACCGUUGUGUUUAUCGGUGGGGCGCGACGGCGUGCUGAUGUCGUGCUCUUCUGCACUGGCUACGAGUACACCUACCCAUUCCUCUCCUCAGCGUGCGGGGUCGUCGUUGAGGAGAAGACGCGCGUAACGCCCAUGUUCAAACACUGCAUCAAUAUACAGCAUCCAUCCAUGUUUCUCAUUGGCUUGCCCACGAAUGUGGUGCCACUGAUCAUAUUCCACUACCAGGUGCUGUUUGCACUUGCGGUAUUAGAAGGAACGGUAAAACUGCCCACGAAAGAUCAGAUGCUAGCUGAAGAGGAGGCCGAGCUGAAGAAGAGGUUUGCGAUUGGUUGGAAGAAGUCAUAUGCUCAUAAGGUGAAUGCUGACCUUUUAGAGGAAUACUUGGCGGAUCUAGCCAAGCUUGGUGCAGUCAAGCCAUUACCUGCAGUAAAGUCUGCUAUCUACAGAUUUAGUCUGGAAAUGAUUUUUACACAUUUAAUGUCUUUUAAGACGUUCAACUAUGAAUUAAUUGACGAUAAAAACUUUAAACUUGUGAAGGCAAAAUGAUAAAUGGAAGUAAACAUAUGAACGCAUUAAUAAACAUUGUAGAGGGAGAAUUU